AUGGGAUGGAACGCCGGGCCCACCCAUGGUCUCCAGCAGGCUGGGGAGAUCCUCCGUCAGUCCAACCAUGUUGGCUGGAAGCAACAGCUCAGGAUAGGUGGAGAAGUAGUGAGAGGAAAUGAAGGAAGCUACGUGGGGAAGCAUUUCCGCAUGGGAUUUAUGACAAUGCCUGCUCCUCAGGACAGACUGCCACAUCCUUGUUCCAGUGGCUUUGCCGUAAGAUCCCAAUCCCUUCAUUCUGUUGGAGGAACUGAUGAUGAAAGUAGCAGCUCUCGUAAGCAGCCACCACCAAAACCUAAGCGAGAUCCCAACACCAAAUUGAGCACCUCAUCUGAAACAGUCAACACUGGAACAACAAGUAAGAGUGGGAAACUACCGGACAGGACUGAAGUGUCAGCCAAACCAAGACCUCACAGUGAUGAAUAUACAAAGAAGAUUCCACCUCCUAAGCCGAAACGAAAUCCAAACACUCAGUUAAGCACAUCAUUUGAUGAAACUUACAUCAAAAAGCAUGGCCCUAUGAAGACACCGCUCACUAGGGAUGCGUCCUUGUCACAGGUCAGCAGUCCUGCCCCAGACACAGAAGAAGAAGAGCCUGUUUAUAUUGAAAUGGUUGGGAAUAUACUCAGAGACUUCAAAAAAGAUGAAGAUGACCAAAGUGAAGCAGUCUAUGAGGAGAUGAAAUACCCUAUAUUUGAUGAUGUAGGCCAAGAUUCAAAAUGUCAAUGUGAAUAUGACCAUCACACUUGUUCUUCUCAGUGUGCUACUCCCACAGUGCCUGACCUCGAUUUCACCAAGACUUCAGUGCCAUCUACUCCCAAGGGCUUGCUUUGUGAUAUACCCCCACCAUUUCCAAAUCUGCUUUCUCACAGACCUCCACUGCUGGUGUUCCCACCAGCACCAGUGCAGUGUUCCCCAAAUUCUGAUGAGUCUCCUCUAACUCCGCUAGAGGUCACAAAGCUUCCUGUUUUAGAAAACGUGUCUUACAUAAAACAACAAGCUGGAGCUUCUCCAUCUUCAUUGCCACCUCAUACACCAGGCCAUCAAAAAAUGGAGAAAGAGCAGAUGGUAUCUCAUGGAACUAGCACCCCUGGGCACACCUCUUCACCUCCUCAUCCUUCUACCUUAUACAGAACACAGUCUCCACACGGUUAUCCUAAAAGUCACUCUGCCUCACCCUCUCCUGUCAGUAUGGGUAGGUCUCUUACCCCUUUAAGCCUCAAAAGACCUCCACCUUAUGACUCUGUACAUUCAGGAAGUCUCUCAAGAAGCUCUCCAUCAGUGCCUCAUUCUACAGCCCGAAAUACAUUGCAAGAAGGAGGAAAGAUGGUAAAUGUCUCAGUCAGUACCUACGGGUCAUCAUCUCAGAGCAGUUCCCGUUCUCGGACACCUACCAGUCCUCUGGAGGAAUUAACCAGCCUCUUUACCUCAGGACGAAGUCUCCUGAGGAAGUCCUCCAGUGGCAGAAGAUCUAAGGAACCUGCAGAAAGUAAGUUCUUAAUACAAUUAUUUUUCUCAUUCUUACUCAUAGAAUAACAACUUCCACUGUAU